AUGUAUACCUCGAGCUCAAGCUACAAUACCCCAACAAUACUUCACCUACCGCGACUUAAAAAUCGAAGUAUUGAGUUGUUUUCAAUACGACAUAACAGCACCGAGAUGGCGCCAACCAAAAAGCCUGUGACGCGAAACCAGUCACGGAAAGAUAAUGACGCGUCCAAUACGGAAUCAUUUCUUGGAGCUGUCAAAUCCUCUAUAGUCAAAACGAAAGCCCGGUUCACUGCGCUUCGAACCAUUCGUCGAUCGAAGACCUCCAAAUCCGAAGUGCAAACGAUAACCCAUCCGAAAUCACGAGAACACUUGAAGGAUAUAGUUGAAGGUCGCAACACUAUCAAGGAUGUGGUCGUCGAAGAACAUCAUAAAGACAAAACAGUCGACGAUCCGUCAAGAAAUCAGGGAGAUGAUGAAGGCACCACUGUACGGCGACCACCAAAACCUCUGACUAUCGAAAAUUUCGAGCUUAGUCGACGCCUUGGACGCGGAAAAUUCGGACGCGUUCACCUCGCCCGACAUCUAGAAACCAACUACAUCUGCGCGGUAAAAGUGCUGUCCAAACAGCAGAUUACAUCGGAGACCAGCGAGAGGCUCGUCCGACGCGAGCUCGAAGUGCACCAGAACCUAGCACAUCCACAUAUCCUACGCUUCUACACCUGGAUGGAUGACCCGGCCAACAUCUACCUCGUCCUCGAGUACGCGCCAAACGGUAACCUCUUUGAUCUUAUGAUGAAGCAGCCCAAGAAGCGCUUCAUGGAGCCGGAGGCUGCUGCAUAUAUCUCGCAGAUGGCACAGGCAUUGCGGUAUUUGCAUAGCAAGAAUAUCAUGCACCGAGACAUCAAACCCGAGAAUAUCCUACUCGGGUUGCACAAUGAGAUGAAGCUCGCAGAUUUUGGGUACAGCGUGCACUCUAAUUCUGGUUUGCGGUCAACGCUAUGCGGCACACUCGAUUAUCUGCCACCUGAGAUGGCGAUUGGGAUGUUGAAACCGGAGCAGGAGAAGAAGUGGUAUACCAAAGCCGUUGAUCAAUGGAGCCUUGGUGUUCUAACCUAUGAAUUGCUGGUUGGUCGGGCACCUUUCGAAAUGAAAUGCCAGGAGGAGACACAGAAGCGGAUCGCACACUUCAAAGGAAGGCUUAGAUUCCCCCAGCACGUAUCUCUACCCGCCGAAGAUUUUAUGCGCCAGCUACUGAAUCUUGAUGCGGAGCAACGUAUGGGACUAGACGAUGUGCUCUACCAUUCUUGGAUCAAGAACAAUGUGGACCACUCCUCGCGAACCGGAAUACGCUCGCUCAACCGCAAGGUCAAUGGAGUCAUGGAUGACGCUUAGAAAAGGGCUGGUUGCCUGUUAGGCAAGAUAUGCGGAUAGCCGUUCAUGUAUGGGUGGUGAGAUUCCGGAAUCUCUCGUCAGUGAGCGCAUCAACAAGACUGGUCUAGAGACUGUUCUAGCCAGAUGGAUAUUGUCAGCAUACAUUCAUUUCUGUUACCUCCACUUUCCUCACCCUCUCCCAUCUCCUCAACCAAAUCACGAGAAAGAAAGAAAAGCAUGACGUGACGUAGACCCGAUUUCCUAAAAAAACAAAAUCUCAUCUCCGCACCUGCACAAUGACAUAUCGCAUCGCAUCGCAUACGCAGAUUUGCAACAAACGAACAGACGAAAAGAAAGAAAAAAGUCCGGGUCCCACCAUCGGACAUGUCCCCCCUUCCCUCUUCGGUCCACUUGACGUAAACUCGGUCUAGGAUAAGCCUAGUGAUUUGCCUU